AUGGCGCAGCAGCCCAUGACUUCGUUUUGGCCCAUAUUUGCCUCCAAAUCGGAUGGACAGCACGUCGUGAACAUCAAGGGCAGGCCCAUACGCAACGGGCCGACCGAAGAGCAGCUGAACAUGUCGCCCAACGACCAGGGCCAGCGUGAUUUUUACCGCCUGAUCGAGAAGGAUGAUCCCAAACACCAGGAUUGGCGUAAGAAGCUGGGCGGUAUGCUCUUGCGCGAGAUUGGCGGCAAGCAGUAUGAGGACAAGUGGCAGCAAUGCAUUCUGUGGGAACUGCCUGACAACUACGUCCUGUACGAGCACAUCAAAACAAAGGCGGAUGGCCAGGUCAAGACGGUAAAGAACCACUCUGGCGGAGGUCACGAUCGCCAGGAUGCCUACCUCUAUGGCUAUCCCAAGGGCCCUAAGAAGCGCUUCAGGAGCCCUGUCGAAUUCUUUCCCCAUCUGCUGUGGCUAUGCAACGACGAGAACAGCGAUAUGACCAACUGCACGUGCAAAAUGUGCUCUCCAGCGGGCGACGUUGAGAAACCUCAGCCCAAGGUCGAGGUCAAGCAAGAGCAGCCAGUGCCUCUCAAGCGAGAAAACAGCUCCAGUGGGACUGCUCCAAACACCAACAACAGCAAUAUCGUGGGCAGGAAUCCCGUCGUACAGAUACCUGCGCAUCGAACCUCCAUGACUGCGCCAAUCCCAAGCCCCAUUAUCAAGCCAGCCACACCUGUCCCUGUACAGACGUCGACUCCUAGUGCGCCGCAGAUUCGGGCUCCUCCGACACUACAAUCGACGCCCCUCCCCCAACCGCGGUCACUCGAGCAACAAGCGGAUCUCACCUACAACAAGUUCCUAUGUCGAACAGGAGAGGUGGUAUGGUUCUUCCGGCCCAAGACAUCUGCCUGGGGUCUUGGACUUGUUGUGCAAAGAUGGGCUCAGGCAGAGAACCCCAUGAACAGGUCGUACCUAGUUCAGCCCCUCUCACAUCCAUUCGAGUCCCUUCCACAGGAGAUUAUACAUACAGAUGAGCACAUCAAGCCGUGGUUAGCUUGGUCUGCGCCUAGUUGCACAUUUCCCUUUCUGCAGCAAAACCCUCAGUUUGAGUAUGGUAACACUGACUGGAGAGCACUCAUCAAUGGACAGGGUGGUGAGGGCAUUGCCUCUGUUGAUGCAUCUAUCCUCGCAGCCAAGGCGAUUGAUACCACAUAUACACUCUUUGAGCGCUUGAAGACUUCGAAGGAUGACAAAGGAAACGAAUUCAGACAGUACAACGGCAUAUUCCUAGGUGCAGAGAAGAUCUGGAGGGGCGAGCCUGUUCGUCUACGCAUAGGCGCCACUGGAAGCGACCUCAUGGUCAUUACAGACAUUAUCGAACAGGUCCUAGCCAACCCACCGCCCAAUCAGCCAAAUUCAAAGGUGAUUGCAGUGGGCGAUGUGUAUAGCUACGCAACUUUGGAUGCCCCAGACCCGAAUCUUCCUCCAAAGCCACCACAGCAAAACCCCAACAUACCCUCUCGCAUGGUCCAUGACAUGGUAUGGCGGAACCGCUUGCUCGUGCCCGCAACGCGCACGGCUGCAUGGUGGAAACUCAUCCAGCCCUCAUACAAGCUGGAUAUUGACGACAUCAAAGGGCGUUGGUAUGAAACCAGUCUCAUCUUCCAGGAACCGUUUACCAAGGCUGUCAAGAAUGGCGAGGGAGGCAACGGCAUCUGGAUGAAUGCCCGCGGAGAUGCAACAGGCAAGGGUAAAGGGAGUGGUAUUCCACAACCCGAUCGCAUUGGCGCUUUCGGGGCCUCUGUACCAAAGGGUACGCGUAUUAUUGAGGGUCUGGAGCCGCCGAGCCAGCCCAUGGGUCAGGCACAGCAAUCUCAUGACGGAAUGGAAAUUUCCAUGAAUGCAGGAAUGCCGGAUCCAUUUUCGAUUGACGAGUUCAUGCACGUCGACCAUCUAGGUGACGAGGCGGGCAUGGAAUAUGGAGGCAACAAUAACUACACAUAUUAG